AGUCCACUGGAGUAUUGUUCCUCAUAUCCAGCCAAGACACCACGUAUCAUCGUCCAUUAGCAGCACGUCUACGCGAUGACAUUAUUAACCAAGCCGAAAGCCAAUUGGCCAACACUAACUACGUCAUCACCGUUCAUAUACUACAUGAAAUAUUCAAUUUUCCAAGCUAUUGGGUGAUAAAGAGUACGAUGCCUUUGGUGCGCUCCAAACUGCUAGACGAGCAUACCAAGUGGGUGGUGUGGUUAGAGGAGAGUACACAUGUCUCACUGAAGGCUCUUUUGGAACAGUUAAUACUGGAGGAUGCGACACAGUAUACUUGUUUAAGUCACUCGCUCUAUGAGCAUCAGGCGAAUGUAAGACAUCAUUUUGCUUUUCACGAAGAUUCGGAAUGGUUUCCGUUCCCCUUCCAACGCGCUGGUAUUGUCUUUUCAAGAGCUUUAGUAACCAAAAUAGCGAAGGUAAUGGAUACCAAGAACGAGGAUAACCUACCAUUUAUUAUUGAUAUGGAGCAUGAGCUGGCCGUAUACAUUUAUAACAAUAUAAAAACUGAUGAUGCAGUGAAUAAAUUUAGCUACAAAGGGGUGGAAGAUGGCAGGGCACGGAACACCGUACGAAAAGUGCUAAUGCGAAAAGCUGAUUACAUAUGUCCGCGAUCGAGUCUAGAAACUCAAGGAGCUCUAGACAAGAAGUGUGUAAUGUACGCAAAACCAAUGGACAAGAGCAGAUGUGUGAGUACAUUUAUGUUAUCCGACAAAGAACUUGGCUAUAAUAAAUAACACUAUAGCAGAG